CUGGACCUGAUUUAUUAUUUUUAUACAUUUAUGAUCUGAAACAACACGGGGAUGCAAACACCGGCAGAUGCAAAAUAAAUAAUCUGUCACUUAAGCGGCAAAUUAAUUUGUCAAAAAAUGUCUUCGAUAAAGGAUUUAACCAAGUUUGUUAACGAGCGUUUAACUGCCGCUGCUGAAGAAAUAUUGUUAGUUUUUCAAAGAUCUAUCGCCGAGUACGAGAAGGAGAUCGUCCGUCAGCAGAGACUGCUGGAUGUCGCUUCAAAGCCGGAGACAAAGCUUCAGAGGACAGAAAACUGUAACCAGGAGAGGAAGUCCAGUGUGGACCAGGAGGACCCAGAGCCUCCGCAGAUUAAAGAGGAGCAGGAGGAGCUCUGCGUCAGUCAGGAGGGAGAGCAGCUGGACCUGAAGGAGGAGGCUGAUACAUUUAUGCUGACUCCUACUUGUGAUGAGGACCGGAGUGAAGAUCAGACUCUGUUGGUGGAUCCUGACAAAAAUAGGAGUGCAGCAGAGAAAGAGUCUGUAGACAAGAUGCCAGUUAUCAGCUGUGUGGUAUCAGAAGCACACAGUCACCAGCAGCUGCUCUCUCAUAACUUUCAUGUAGCUGAGAGCCAAAAUCAGAGAGGAGGCGAGCAUGGAGGCUCAGGAUCAACUAGAGAUGCAGAGCCAAAGCUAAAGAUAAGAAGUCACAGUAACAAUAUCGGCAGCUCUAAUCUGUCACAGAUUCCUUGUAAAACUCAAACAGGCAAGAAGUCUUUCAAAUGUGACACAUGUGGAAAAGAUUUUGCCUUUAAGUCACAUUUAGUGAGACACCUGAGAGUCCACACAGGUGAGAAGCCAUAUUCCUGCGAAAUAUGUGGGAGGCGCUUCUCACGUUGCAGCGUCUUAAACGUCCACAUGAGCGUCCACACAGGAGAGAAGCCAUAUCCUUGCAAAACCUGCGGGAAAAUGUUCUGUAGCCAAUCAUUAUUGAGCCAUCGUAAGAGAACCCAGCUUCCAGCUAGUGUGAGCAGUAUUUGGCGAGGAAAUGAAAUUUGUAGUGAAAAAUCAGACGUGUCAGAACCAAAUGUAGACCACAAGCUCCUCUCUCACAACGCUCAUGGCACUGAGAGCGAAGAUCAGAAAAGAAGCAGCCAUGGGAAAGCAAGAUUGGCCAAAAAUGAUCCAUAUACUAAGAAAACAGAAAGUACAGAGUGCAGUUGUUCUGAGUGCCACAGUGCAACGAAAAUUUACAGUGAUGACGAUGAAAAGCCUUUCAAAUGUGACACGUGUGAUCAAGCAUUCGAGCAUAACGAGAGUUUGAAAAGUCACGUGAAAACACACACGGGGAAACUGCCCUACGGAUGCAAGUAUUGUGAAAGACAUUUCCGCCUCAAAGGGAGCCGCGACCGGCACAAGAAAUCUCACGAGGCGAUGGGGAGAUUCACGCAGGCGACCUUCACAACUGAGAGUUCUGCGGAGAGAAGUUCACCCUCAACUCCAGUUUGACAAAGCAUCCGAGAGUGCAGACAGUGGAGAGGCCAUAUCAGCGUCUGUGCUGCAAGAAAACUUUUCGUAUCAAAUUAGAUUGGAUGUGUUUUCAAAGGUAAACAUCGAGGAAAGAUGGAGUAGAAUGAGCACCAGCCGAAAUAGCAUCCUGCUAGCCAUCGUACAGGCGUUGGAAAUUAAAUGGACGACCUCAAUGCCGCGGCAGUUUCCAACAGGAUAUCAGGAAAUGUACAUCCGGAAAGAUGGACAAUUAUAAAGCAGCAACCAAUGAUGUAAGAAAACACGAAAACUCCAUCUGAUGAAUAAAAAACUGAAUAAUUUUAGCUCACUAGAUAUGUGAUGUUGCAAUAAAAUAAUUGAAGUGAGAUGCAUUGAAGAUUGAAAAUUCUUAUUAGACAAAAAAUAUUUUGAUAAAGUUUUCCUUUUGGGGACAUAAUUUGUACUUGAAAAAAGUUUAUAGCCUACACUUCAAUAUGUUGUGGCAAUACUUGGCAUAUCGCAAAAUAUCUAAAAUCACAAUAAUAUUAUAUUGUGAUUUAAGGGUUGUGAUAAUUUUGUAUCUUGAGGCCUCUGGUGAUUCUCACUCCUAGUUAUUACUAUUUACAUGGUGUAAAUAUUAAUGGUUUAGAGGCUACUUUCACAAAAAAAAGAUCCAACAUUAUUUAUUUUCUUUAUUUUAUAUAAAACAACCAGUUUGGAGUGUCAUGCAUCAAAAACUUGCUGAAGGGAUUGUAUUGUACAUUUAUCAGAGGAGGAGAGGGGCUGGGGUGCAGCUUUGUUUUAUUUCAUUUUUUUUUGUUGAGCCCCCCUGAGUGACUAAGGCAAAAUGUGUGAUGUGUUUUUUUUGUAUUCUUACCAAAGCUAUGUAGUAUUGGAGCCAAUACAAAGAGCAAAUAGCAUUGGAGUGAGACCUGUCACCGAGAGAAACUGUGUAUUUCUUUAGCAAAAUGUAAAUCUUCCUUAAAAAUUGUGUUUUAGAGCUGUCAGAAAUUCGACAAAAUCGACAGUUCUAGCUAUAAAUGGUUUCAU